GCCACGGACAUUCAUGGCCCUGGUGGAUGGUUUACAAAGCGGAAGGCGUAGCAGGACAACCAAAAUUCCAGCGCGACCAAGAGCUCCACGGCAACAUGAUAACAAGCCUCGUUCAGACCCAGACCUCGAGUCUUCCCUGGUGGAAGUCGAUCCUGGGGGUUUUGGUGGAGUGAGUUCUCUGCUCACAAGUCGACGGGAUGAUUUGCAUGAGUUAGUAAAAGACGGCAAGAACCGGGACAAGAUAGAGGAGAUAAUCCAGCAGCGAGUGGAUCUCAACAAAGUGCGAUAUGGGAAGCCAGCCCUCGCCGUGGCAGUCGAGUGCAACCUGGACGACAUCUGCAAGCUCCGGAUUGAGAACCGUGCUGAUGUCAACAUUGCUGAUGACCGUGGUUGGUCCGCCCUCGCCAUUGCAGUAGACUCAGAUUGCGACCAGUACAACAUCUGCUGGCUCCUGAUUGAGAACCGUGCUGAUGUUAAUGCUGAUGUUGGAAAGACUCAAUUGCUGAACAUGGCUGUUGCGCGCAAUGAUGAGAAAAUGGUAGACGCUUUAGCACUUGCCAGGGCCCAAGUUGACAGAGUGGCUGGUGAUAAUAAAACCGCCCUGCAUCUUGCAGCAGAGGCCGGGAAUCAUCUAAUUGCAAAGUGUCUCCUUGACCGGCGUGCAAAUCCCAAUACUGUCACAGCUAGCAAAAUGACAGCGCUGCAUUAUGCAGCUAAACAUGGGCAUGAGAGUGUGGCAGAUGAGCUGUUGGAUCAUGGAGCAAACGUGGACGACACGGCCGAGGGGAAUGCGGCAGAGAAGGCACAUUGGGAUGUUUUGGAGAUGCUCCUGAAGAAGAAAGCUUGCGAUGCAGACCUAGCCGCCGAGGAAGUGCUGAGCCUCUUCUUUCAGAAACAGCUUCAGAAAAAAACAUUAACAAAGCAUCUGUUUGUCAGCUGGAUCAAAGCUGAAGCGCCGGAGGCUGUCAUGUUGCUACACAUGUGGCCUCAAGUCUCUAAACAGUAUGACCCGAGCAGGCAACGUUCAGUUCCUGUGAAGCGGUCCAACCUGACUCAACAUGAACGUCUCCGAGUAGUUCUUGCUUCGGCAAUUGAAGAUGGUGCUGAAGUGGUCCGUAAGACUGAUGUCGACCUCGCCAACCAGAAUCUGUUCAAUUCUCCCGAGAAGCGGACAACCCUCAAGGUUCUGCCAGGUCUGACAGGCAAAGAUGCCUUCUCAAUAUUGAAGUAUCUGGUACAUACUAAGAACCUUGCAAUUUUUGAGACGGAUGCCGUCGAAGCUGUCGUAUUGGCAGCAUGGCAGCAGGCACGGGCCGACACUUUCGAGAUCGGAUGCUGCCUCGUACUGGUACUCUUGUUGUGCUAUGCAACUUAUGUAUCGCAAAACGCAAGCGACUGGAAGGGAGAUGCCUUGCCGUUGUAUGGAUCUUUCAUAGCAAGAAGACCUCCGAAGAGAUUGUUCAGCCAUUGUGGUCGGUUGUGGCGUCGGUUCUGGCAUCAAACCUGGCUGCUCCUUGACUUCGAUAACCUCGCCGAUCUUGUGUAUCUGAGUUUCGGGUGGGUGGCCAUGUGCAAGUGGCAUGAGGACAGCGGCACACGUGAGUACAAGCCGUUCAUGGGAAUCUUUGCUGCCAUGGUGUGGCUCAGGGCCGUAUACAGCCCUCGUGGAGAGUCGUGGCUGGGGCCCAACCUACUGCCUGUCCUGGCCGCAGUGCGGGAGUCAAACGGGUUUCUCUUCGUCAUAUCAGUCUGCACACUUGCAGCAACCCAUGCACACUAUGAUCUGGAGACCACCUGGCAAGACUCAAACCAACCUUGGCCCCUUUACGUGUCCUUCAUGCGGGUCAUGAGACUUGCCUUUUUGGGGGAUUUCGACCUCUUCGAGUUUGAGGGGCUUGACGUGAGCUAUCAGCGCAUCAAUGAAUCACAAUCUCCUGGCCAAAACUGGGUAUUGACACAUGGGCUGUUCUACGUGAUCAGUUGGGGCAUCACUAUCCUCCUCAUGAACAUCUUGAUAGCUGUGAUCAGUGAGAGCUACACCCGCUACAGAACAGAGCGCUCAACAUUGCUGUUACAGGCUCGUGCCAAGAUGGUUUUGGAGUUGAGCAACCGGCCUUGGAGAUGCUUGGCGACAAGCGUGUUCCUCAAAUCAGGUUCUCGAGAUGACCCUUCGCAACAGACUGAUGGCGAAGUGCAGGGAUCUGCGCAAAACCAAGGUAGAGAAGGCUUCGAAGGUGUGCAGCCAACGGGGACAGAAAGUCAUCGUGAAGAAGCCAAAGAUGCCAAAGCAAAGGUGACAGUCAGACCAGGGGGAGCCACCGAGUGUUCUUGCAGCUGCUCAUUCCUCGGGGUUGCCAUGAAGAUUUCCAUGUUUCCUUUCCUCCUGUACCACCUGCCAGCAUUCCGAGAGAACGGCGCCAAACAGUUGCUGUGUUACCUCGAGCACCAACAGAAGCAGUAUCGUUGCAGACGUGUUCUGCCUGUCCUACUGCCCUUUUCCGCACCCUUCGUCUGGGUAGGCUUUAUCUUGUUUUUCCUCUCGCAACUCGUUGUCCGUUAUCAAGGUAUCUUGCAUGUGAUUGCUACUUCCAUUGGCUGGCAUGGGGCUCAAUCCUUCGUUCCGGCGUCUGAUUGCCAGAUUUGGCUUCUUCUUGACAGCUCUGGCUCUCAGAAGACCGUGGACCUUCACAAGGACUUGAAGGGCGAGCUCCAGGACAUGAAGCGGCAGAUGUCGGCAUUGCAAGUGAGUCUCAACAAGCUGAGGCUGGAGGUCGGCGCAACGCCGGCGAAAUGUGAUGUCCGAGCCUCCACUGGUACAAUUCGUACUCGUACCGGACGGACCUUGACAUCGACAGGACAUUCAGAUCGCACGAGCAACAACCCAGCAUCUUGCUCGAAAUAG